GGCAGGCAGCGUCGCGUGCAGCGAUAGUAACAAACGAGUCCUGCUGUUCACAGCUCGCAUCCCUCUUUUUUCUCCGCCCUACUCCAGCCUGGUGGUGUUGGAUUGGCAGGCUUGAAGUGCUUCAACCGCCAGUUAGGAAAUUGCAUAUAUUUUCUUAGAAAACGCCGUCCGGGCUACGGACCGUCACCAUACCUGCCUGCAACGAAAAUCUUUUCCACAUCACUCGCUGUUCUCGAUAGAUAACGGGAUCAUUCGCCAGCUUUGACUGGAGCGGACUCAUUAACGCUUGGCAAAUAUAGGAUAUAUUCCUCGGCGUGUAACACUCAAGGAUGUAUUUUACAACGGUCUACACUUCAUCUCUUUCCUCACAGAAACUAGAAGAGGUUACAGAGACCCUGUAAUCGGGUGAAAGAUUACCGGGACUCUGUAACAGGGUGACAUAUCCCCAUCCGUCCCCUACAGAGAACCGCAAGCGGGAAGCCCGGAGCAGACAGCCUGGAGACUGGUUUGAUGGAGUAUCUGUCAUACUGCGCUUUCCUCGAAACAGCCGCCGCCGUCUCUCGCCUCGGGUAUAGACCAGAUUACUGGGAUUGAUCAAUUACCACAGAGCUUGCUAAUUAUCUACGCUUGCCAUCGCCACCGUGAGCUCAUAGAGACGUUUUGCGCGUCAGUGUCAGCCAUGUGUUGAAGUUCAAACUGGAACUCUUUAGAAGUGGACACCUUGGACGCGUGGUAUAGCACUGAAGAAACCUAAUAUCGGAUGUGUGGUGGAUGUAUAUAAUACUCUGGAUGAUAAAGCAACAUUUCGAUGUCAAUUGGAUCUCCGACAUUACGUUUAACGCGUUUUUUAAAUCUUGAUUGACUUUCUCUUCGUCGCUUCUAACGGGAACAUGCCAGUCAGUGCAAUGCCACGGGGUCGAUCCCUGAGCCCGGCGUCCCUGUCCCGGAGUCUCUCGCGGCUCCGCGAGUUCCGUACUCGGACUCGGAUCAUGCUCUCCCUCGGAGUGUCCCAGAUGGUCCUGGGCAGUCUCAUCCUGGCCGUGAGCUUCGCGGCUCUGGCUCUAACUACCUCCCCCCGGGUCCGGCACUCGUGCCCUUUCUGGGCAGGUUUCUCGGUGCUGCUGUCGGGUUUGAUAGGAGUCGUGUCAUGGAAGAGGCCGCUGUCCCUGGUGAUCACCUUUUUCAUGCUGCUGUCGGCGGUGUGUGUGAUGCUGAAUCUGGCUGGCUCCAUCCUCUCCUGCCAGAACGCCCAGCUAGUCAACUCACUGGAGGACUGUCAGCUGAUUAAGUUUGACAGCGACGGCGUGUGUGUGUGCUGUGAGCUGCAGCAUCAGAGUUCCAGCUGCAACAACCUGGGAGAGACUCUCAAGCUCAACCCUCUGAGGGACUGCAACACCAUACGCCUGCGCCUCAAGGAGCUGCUGUUCAGCGUGUGUGCGCUGAAUGUCAUCUCCACGAUCGUGUGUGCGCUGGCCACGGCCAUGUGCUGUAUGCAGAUGGUCUCCACUGACGUGCUGCAGAUGUUCAUGCCACACAGGGCCCGGGCGUUGAGUGCGGACUGCAUGACACCCCACGGCACCAUCCUUCACCAGACGCUGGACUUUGACGAGUUCAUCCCCCCGAUCCCCCCUCCCCCCUACUACCCCCCGGAGUACACCUGCACGCCCGUCAUAGAGGGGCAGAGGAGUCUUCAUCUGGAGUUCCCCCACACCCCCUUCAGUACCAUCUACGGAGUGCCCAUCAACAGCCCAGGCUCCCUCUACCCAUCUGAGCUGCCACCCCCAUACGAGUCUGUGGUAGGGCAAACUCCUGCUAGCCAGGUCACCACCAGUCUGGAGCAGCAGGCCACAGAGUCAAGUCUGUGUGAUCGCAACACAACAGCUGGCCUCAGCACCCAAGCCUCAGUGGACAGUGCAUCUCUGAUGGUGUCGGAGCUGGCGGAUCUGCCCGACCCCAACUGCUCGUCGGAGGACCUCUGUUCCCUGGAGGUGCAGGGUUCUGACAUGUCCCCCUACGGAACUCUCCGGAACGCCGCCCCUACGGCCACCCCAACUGACGGCAGCUGCACCAGCCUGGAGCACAGCAGCCGCCGCUCCACCCCCCAGCGCCUCCGUCACCCCCCGACACCCACCUCCCGCUCCUCGGAAAACGUUGCUGCCGCAGGAGACGAGGACGAACGGGAAUGCUGCUCCCGGAAUUCCCAAAUCUCGGAAUCCUCCCAGCCGCGGAAUUCCCGGGAUUCCCGGUCCGGCAGAAAGAUGACACUGUCGGUCGCGGCCUCCCCGUCUGCUGCCCCCUCCUGCUGCUGCUCUGCUGCCGUAGGGCCCCCCACCACCACCACCAGCAGCACCACCACCAGCCACGGGGCUCCUGGGGCGUCCACUCCCACCCAGCCCUCGCCCCCCUCCUCCUCUCACGCACGCUCCCGCGGUGCCCGCCUCUGCUUCAGCGUCUGGUCUCCUUCCUCCUCCUCCUCCUCCUCCUCCACACACAUCUCCUCCCUGCCGGCCUCCGGCCCUGCGCCCUGCGAUCGUCCGCGAGCGCUCCGGGCAGCCGGGAGAAGGUACCGGAAGCUUGCACGGAUAGUGCGGUCCACCAGUGACCCUGUGUCCUGUACGUCAGAGUCCAGAGGUGACAGCUGUACCUGCACUUCUCCAGGUAACCAGCCCCCUGAAGGCUCCUCCCCACAAAUCUCACCUGAGCCAGAUUCUUCAGAGCAACCAGAAGCAACAGCAUCUAUGCAGGGCCCCCCCAAACCCAUCUCCCGCAGUGGGGGCCGUAAGGCAAGGGAUGGGGGCAAGGCGGAGCUUCGUCUGAAGCCCCGGACGUUGCCGUCGGCGACCCCCCAGGAGCGUCCGCACUCGCUGGCCGACUUCAAGACCUACAAGGACACCAAGGUGCUGGUGGCCAAGUUCCUGGAGCAGUCCAGCUGCAGCCUGCCCCCAGAGAUCCAGCAGGUGGUCAACAGCAUCCGCUACGUCAUCAAGUCCGAUGAGAGGCACAUGGACGAGGCCAUCUUCAGUGCCAACAUCAUAGAUCAGGUGAUGACCCAGUCCCAGCGGGUGGCGGGAAGCCCUAGGAAGCGCCUCCAUGAAGACCUCCAUUUGCAGAGCUGCGGUGCUCUGAGUUCCCCCUGUACGCCGGUGCGUCUGCGCCACUCCUCUCCCAGCGCUCCGACCCCCUCGGACCCCUCCCAACCCCCAGGAUCUGCCCCCGCCUCUGCCCCUGGCCCCACCGCCCCCAACCGCCCACACAGCCUCAUCAGUGUCUGCAGAGAGACCAUACUCUGACCCCCUCCCCUUGAACUCUGACCUCUGACGCCCACAACCUGCAGUGCCCUUAAAAAGGGGGAAGUGCCAAGGUCAUGACCUUCAUCAGCAGCAAAAAAUUGUAGCAUUAACACACACACACACACACACAUACGCGCACACACUCACAGACACACAGCUCAUCAUCUCUUGGAGGGACUUCCCUCAUGCCAAUAAACAAGCAAACAAACAAGCAAGUAAACAAAACAAAACAAUUCAACAAGUAAACAAAAAAGACCUGAAAA